AUGGUCUCAUUUACAGUAUACACGGAGGAAAAUUCCGGAAGAAAGAUUAAACGUUGCACCUCAUAUCAUGUCCAAAGCAUCCUGACAUUCAUUGGUGUUAAACACUCUCAUUGCCAGCAGACCAUGGAUCUAAUUGCAAAGGACAAUCUCUUCUCGGACACCGAGCCAUUCAGCCUGACUAGCUUUCUGAGCCGAAUUCAAGGAUUACUGGUUAGAAUGAACUACAGUAAUCCACGCACAGAUCUUCAAGUAGCCUGGCAUAUUAUGAACAAACAGGCAUCUGUUUGUAUUUUAUUGGGCGGAACUUCAGGGUGCGGAAAGUCUACACUUGCUAGCUUAUUGGCCCACAGAAUAGGAAUUACGACCGUAUUAUCCACAGACCAUGUUCGAUCUCUUUUACGCAGCUUUGAUCCACAAAAAAAUACCCGGUUAUUGUGGGCAUCGUCUUAUCAUGCUGGAGAACCUGCAAUGAAAGAGAUUGAUGAAAACCACAAGAAAUCUAUCGUAGACGGAUAUGAGGCCCAGAAUUUACUCUUGCUUGAUACAUUAGAUAAAACAAUUGCAGGUUACAAUAAACGCAACGAGUGCCUAGUAAUUGAGGGUGUAGGACUGUCUGUCGAAAGUAUGCGAGUAUUGGCCAAGAAACACCCAAAUUGCAUUCCUGUACUUAUAUAUAUCAGUAAUGAGCAAAAGCAUGCUGAGAGGUUUGCAAUUAGAGCAAAAUACAUGACAAUGGCACCUCAAUCAAACAAGUACAUCAAUUAUUUUGGAAACAUUCGUCUCAUACAACAACAUCUCUGCCAGCACGCUGAUCGUUGGAUGAUCCCGAAGAUCAACAACACAAAUGUAGAUAAAAGUCUGGCAAUUCUCCAUACAACAGUGGUUAAUGUUCUAUCUCGUAUGGAACGCAAAGGGCUGGCCUCUUUGAUGAACAUGGAAACCGGAAAAUUUCCUGUUCUGUUUGAAGAAUAUUCAAAAGUGUAUGAAGCCGCAUGGAGUUCUAAACAGAUGCUACGCAAGAUUCGUCUAAAUUCCAAGGAUCCUGUUACUAAGAAACCCCGUUUACUCGUUUCUUCGCACCUCCUGGACUUUAAUGAUCUUAACCAUCUAGAUGAUAUUGCCUGGGGUAGUCUGGCAUCAUAG